AUGUAUCGACGGAUUCGACUUGAGAAUCCAAAGAUCAAACAAAAUAUCGCCGCAAGGCCUGGAGCCAUGGGCAUUCUGUGUUUGGCUGGCUUUGUCAGGGAAAAGUUGGAGGACGAAAAUGACAAGAACGGCGGCGAUCUGUUGGUAUACAGACCCAAGAAUCGUCAGGCGAAUGCCUUGGAGCUCUAUUUAGAGGAGGUCGACAAUGGCGAUGGCCAGGAGCCCGAGUACGAUCAUCCACUGCAGAGGGAACUGAUUCAAGCCAUCUGUCAAAAGAUUGAUGCCAAAGCUCGGGAACUAGAAGUGACGUUUGGUCUAAAGAAUCCUGCACCCAAAUCCAAGGCCAAAGACAUUCCAGACCCAGCACCCAGCGCUGCUUCUUCCACUGUCUACACCAGCCAAAAUUCACCCUUCUUGAGUGAAGAAGAACGAUUGCUACGCCAACAAAAGAUCAAGGCAAUGAAAAAGGCAAAGCGACAGGCACAAGCUGCCACCCUGCAGAGGUGGGAAGAGAGCAAACAAGAAAAAAAGGUAGCCGCAGAGCGUCGAGAGGCAACCUUUCACUCCAAUAUCAAUGUGGAAGCAGAGAAGGGAGCUCCUCAGGGAGUGACUAUCAAAAACCAAAUCUCAAAACAGCCGUUGCCGUUGGCCAAGCCAAUGGAACCAGCACCAGAUCUGGAGCAACAGAUGCAAUCCAUGAGGGCAGCAGCUCGAGAUAGGCACAAAAAGGAGGCGCCCUCGGAGGGCGAAGUGACCCCAAUGAAUGUCGCAGCACCAGCACCAGCUCCUGCUCCAAUGUCACUAUCCAACUGGCCUGGACCAGCUCCUACUCAAACCACGCCUCGUCUUGUCGCGGCUGCUUCUGCGUCAACAGCAAUCCCUGUGGAGGACCAAAAGCCAGCCGCCCCUGGGUCCUUAAUUGAAAAGGCAGAAGCGACAAAGGAAGAGAUAUUGCAGUGGGAACAGUUCUUGGAAACCGUCCCCCGCUGUGCUUCGGCCGAAGGGAUCCGAGAGUCUUCCUGCUUCAAUGGAACGAUGCAAGAUCAGCAAGGCAUGGUGCCAACAAAGUGUCUCAAAAGGCUGUUCAAGGAGUUCGAUGGCCUCAAAGACACUCUACCCUCCAACUCUGACUCGUCCAUUUGGCUUCGGUUCGACGAAGAAUCUCCACAGUACAUCCGGGCCGUCAUGGUCGCUGCAAUAGGGAUCACGCCCUAUUCAGGCGGUUUGUUUGCGUUUGACAUUUAUGUUCCUGCAAUCUAUCCUCAAGAACCACCCAAGAUCAAGUUGAUUAGUCGCGGUGGGCGGUCCUUUUCGUUUGGCCCCAACCUUUACAGCGACGGUGGCGUCUGCUUGUCGCUCCUGUGGGGAUCACAAGGUGGUUCCUGGAUUCCGGGGCAUUCUUCGUUGCACCAGGUCCUCAUCUCCAUUCAGGGGCUGAUGCUCGGCGUGGAGCACCCCUAUUAUUUGAUGAGAGGCGGCUGGCAGGGCAGAGUCAAGGAAGGCGACUUUACGCAUAUCAUGGGACGAACACUGGCAGGCAAAGCUGUGGCUGGAGAAGUCGGAAUCGAUCCGUUGGCCGUGUUGGCCGAGGACAAGAUACGAGUUGGCACUAUCAUGUUUGCUAUGUUGGAUCCAAUCGCUUCGUGCGCCCAGAAGAAAGAAGAAUCUUUCUGGACACCGUUUCAUGCCAUAAUUGAAGCCCACUUUCGCAGGAACCGCAUGUCAAUUCUCCUCGCUGUUCGAACCUGGCUGUCCGAUCAAGUAAUGGGACGGAAUCGCCAGGCAUCGGUCAAUGCCCAGGUCCAAGCUCACAAUCAUGUUCAGGAAGGUGGCCUGGCUGUCGACGAAAUUGGCAAGCUCCUUCCGAAACUUGAGCUUCGGCUCACUAGAAUGUCCUUGCCUGGUUGCGCAGGAAGUGCUGAAAUGGAACCAGACAGCGCACCAGCGGAAGUCAGGGACUUUGUCAGUGAUGAUGGUGAUGACAAGGUCGGCAUUGCAGCUGCCAUCCCUGAUCCGAACCGUAAUAACAUGGCGGCGACAAAGAAAGAGGCGAAGGAAGCGGAGAUUGUGAUCGAGGAAACGGAACAGAUGAAGCAGACCCGUCAGCGAAUGAGGGAUGCAGGGAAGCAAGGCGAGUAUGUCCGGGCAGGGCAUCUCCAACAGGAAUUAAAGAGGCUGGAACAAGUAGAGCGAGAAAAGAUUGAGCUUCAGAAACGACUGGACCGAUUGAAGGGAGAAAUGGAGGAAGCUGCGGAACAGGAGGAUUUCAUUCGCGCUGGACGGCUUCAGGCUCAAAUCAAGGCGCUCACUGCGGUCACCACCAAGACCAGCCAACGAGCACCUCAGGAGCACCAGGUCCAAAAUGACGACAGCGACGACGAUGUAGAAGGAGAUGCAGAAGGUGGUAAUCUUGCUGAGGCUAUGGCAAAUCACCCGGAGUUUGCAGGUGCCAUGGCCCAGCAGGCAAAUGCCCCUACCGGUAACGGCCAGCAGGCAAAUGCCCCCAAAGAGGCGUUGACUGGCAGACAGAGCCAUGGACUUGGCAAGAAUGUCUUUGCGCCACCUGGAUACAAUGAGCACAUUACUGAUCCGAACUACGAAUGGGGAACCUCGGGCACCACGCUACGUGCGGACCCUAUUACGAGCAACCCAGAGCGAGAAACCAGACCUCCUGCACAAGCCGUCGAGAAGAAGAAAAGCAUCCCCGAAGACCAGCGGUGCCGACUUCGUAUCCGUCUGCCAUCCAAGAAGUCAGUUGUUGAGGAGUUUGACAAGACCGAGCCGUUGAUAGCCGUCUAUGCGCGGAUCUCGGAGCUUAUGGCAGACUCAGCGCCUGCUGCCCAGCUGGGGUCAUUGACAGGCGAUGUGUCAUCCGAGGACGCUCCAGCUGGAACUGGCAACACAGACUUAUUCACGUUGCUUUUGACUCAUCCUAGGCUCGAAUUCGACUCAUGGACGCACGGAACAAGCAGCCUUGAGGAACUCAAUCUCGCUCCGUCUGCCACUUUGACUGUGGGCUUGAGAGAGAAUUGA